GAGGAGUAGUCGCUCGUAGUAGUCGGUACCCGCCGAAGUGAUUUUCUCCGAUGUUCAGUUGUCAUUAUCUGUCUGCUACUCUAUUUGGAUACUUAGCUCUCGGCUGUUAGGAUUAACAUUAUUUUCCAUCGCAUGGUGGGCGAAGAAGGUAGUACCACUCAACCGCAGCAUCCAUUAUCACCAGUGGAAAGCGAGUGUCCACCUUCUCUACCGGUGAGAACGAGCCCCGCCCUUGAGAGGAGUCCCCCGCUGGGCCCCGGGACACUUGAUGCCCCGUCAGACGGCUCAGACGCAAUAAAGCCCCUCUACGAUGAUGAAGAAGUCAUCAUUGCUGAUCAUGAGACUGAUAACUUGCUGGAACAAUCAUCUUCAAUCAUGCUGAGACAUCAGUCAUCUAGAAUAUUCGCUGAGGACCAGCGAGUGCCUUACUCAUCCCCAUUUAAAGAUUCCUAUGGCCAAGAGCUAGAAGAAGAUCAACUCCUGAAUAAACAUCACUCUCCAGGUUGUGACGACUCUGGGGUAUUUCUUGAGGAACCGAUCGCAUCUUCUCCAGAGACGCAAUCAAAAUCAAUCGCAAGAAUUAAAACUUCUGUGAAACACUACUCUAACACUUCACCCAGAAUGAGACAAUAUUCUAUUCACGAGAACCUCGAUUCCGAUGCCGAAAGGAGUGAUGAUUUAGGACUUGCUUCUUCUUCUAUCGAUUCUGCUGAUGAUCUUGAUGGUGAUCCCUUACCAUCUACGUUACAAAUAUCAUCACCACCUGCUGUGCCUACUAGGCAAAAGCCACCUCCAGUACCAAUGAGAAAAUCGAUUUCUAAGUCGAUUGAUGGACACAAGAGUAACAAAUAUUACAUAAAUGAAACAACAACUGCCCUAGAAGUUCCUAACCAGAAAAAAAUUCCUCUAAGUAAAAGUUCCAGUUCCGGAGAAGAUUCAAAUUUUGGAGAAGGUGAUCAUUUAUUUAGUGAAUGUUCACGUACAAAUGUUAUGGCUAGUGAGAAUUCUAAAAAUAUGCUAAAUCAACAAAAAAGUGAGCAAACUCGAAGCAAUUUUGCAAUGACGCGAUCAUUUCAUGAAGACAUGUUGCAAAAUCAAUGCCGUGAGAAUAAUCAAGAAUCAACCAAAGCUAAUUUUUUGGCUCGGACUUUAAGUUCCACAUCAGAUGCGAGAAAGUUAGACGCGUGUGGUGCUGACUUUGGGCAGAUUACUCGGCGGAAAAGUGAACAACCAGCGGGCUUCAAGUGGAAAAGUGAGGAAUGUUUAAGAACUGCUGCUGAAACCAAAUGGUCGUUACCCGGUCGUAGAUAUGAGAAAUCAAUCAGUGUUAGAGACAGGAUAGCGAUGUUUUCUGAAUUAGAAGCAAACCAAACAGUUAAGAAAAAAGACGAUCUUCAUAGGUACGGUAGUGAGAAUAAUAUAAAGGCUGUUACGAACAUUGUUGAGAACAGAAAGGAUGAUUCUGCGUCUGUGGACAGUCAUAAGGAUGGUUCUCUAGUUCGUGAUUCCAAAUGGCACAGUAUGCAUAGUUUAGCGAAGAAACAAGUGGAGAAAGACAUGUCUUUUGUCGAUUCAAAUCUGAAACCAGCAAUAAGCAUACCAUCUUUAACAACGAGUGCUUUCAUAGAAACUCCUUCGAAUAGUUAUUCUGUGCUACCUGUUAAAUUAGACGUAGAACCACCAAAGCCAAUUGUUAGUACAUAUCCUGAAACGCAAUUGACGAAUAAUAAGAGGUACAAUUAUGGUCUUUAUAGCCUUAAGAGUUUAAAAAAUACAGAGGACUUAUUGAGUAAAAGGGUGUCGGGUUCUAAUUUAUUGUCCAUCAUAGAUAGUAGAAAGCAACCUUUACAAAAGCUCAAAGGUUUAGUCAUUCCUGAUAAACCGUAUCAGCCGAAUUACGGCAAGACGUUACCAACUAUUGUAAGCAGCGAUGCUGAUGUGAAAGAUACGAGGAGAGCAUCUCUUCCUAUAACAGUGGUAACUGCUUCCAAAGCAAUGUCUCUGCCUAGAAACAAUAAGCCAGAAUAUUCAUCCAUGCAGAGGCAAACGUCUCUGAUGGAGCCACCUUGGAAAAAUGAGAGUAACGACAGCAAUACCUUGCCUAAGUAUUCACCCGCAUUCAAGAAAAGAAGUUUGGAAUUACCUGGAUCUUCGCUGUCACCUACACCCCCUUCUUCCAUCACAAGUCCCUUAUCUCCACCUCCAUCUUCUCCAUCAAGUAUCUGCAGCUCCAACGCUAGUUCCACCCUACAGCAAAACGUGUUUCAAUUUUCAUUAUCGCACAGCAAACCAGUGCAACCUUUGCAGCCGGAGAAGGCCUUGUUAUCUCCACCCUCUCUACAUUCUGAUGUCGAAUACGAAGGCGAUAACUCCGAAGAUUCUUCCCACUCAGCGUCUCCUAUGAGGAUUUCUCAACAGGAAUCUCAAGAUGCAAAGCCUAUGACUCAAUCUCUGAAUUCAGGAAUUUUGCAUUAUGGUAAAUCCAACACCUUUACGACGUCAGCUAAGAGCGUUUGUCAUCAGCCUUUGAUGGUAGAGGCUCUCGAAAAACCAGUUAAAGUUAUAGAGCUUGAGCCAUCAAAGCAAAAGGCAGCUGUUUAUAUUUCAAGAACGGAAAUUAUGCUCAAGAAUGAAGAGCAGGGCCAAAUAGAAUCGGGGCGAAGCCAAAACUCAUCGUCCAUUACAUUAACUAAUGAACAAGGAAAUGAUGUAAACAGUAGUACCACAAUGCAGCCGCCUCAAGAAUACCUUUCGAAUAAGACCAAUGGCCAUUUCAAAGAAGGAUUUCGCACUGCUCAAAAUGGUUCCGUGGAAGUGCCUACUUUUUUCGAAAAAAGAACGUAUUCUAGAAAUGAAGAAUAUUUUUCCGAGGAAACCACUCUGUGUAACGAGUUCGCUCCAAAUAGAAACGGAGUUUCUCCUUCCGACAUUGAGAUUUUAAGCGCUGAAUUGUCUAGCAAAAAGGCAGAAGAUAAAUUAAACGUCGAAGUUGGAAAGUUCCGUGCCUUGCCAUUGAAUUUGAAAGAAAAUGACAUUAUGCCAUGUAAUACGAAUGGAAACGCUUUUGAAUCCGAUCCUGCAAAGGGACGGAGUUGCUCGUUGUGGUCAAACCGACGUCCAUUACCAUCUGAAUGUGAUGAGAGUGAUGAUGAUUCACAUUCAACCUUAAGUCACAGAACGGAAGAUUCACGGCACACGACGACGGAUGAUUGUCUAUCUGAUGCUACAACAGACUCUUUCGAGAAGCCUCCACCUCUGCUUUCCGAGCCUCCUACUCUGCAAAGGUCCAUGGAAGAUUAUGCGUCAACAGAAGGCUACAUAUCUGAUGCAUCGACGGACGUGUCUCUGAGGCGCUUCACGCACAAAUCUGCAGAAUCCAAUGCUUACUCAACUGAAGAGUAUCUUUCGGAUGCCACUGCUGAAUCUCCAGAUCCUGAGUGGGUUUCCAAUCGAACUUCAGUCUUGGAGCAAUCAUCGAACAUGUAUUCCAGGAGUAUGUAUCGAAAUGAAUUAAAUAGGCAGAAUUCUGAGAUAACAGGUAAAAAAGUGGAUCUGGAUCUUCGUCCGAGGCAACUGAGUCAACAGAAAACGGUACUGAAAGCAUCCACUCUACCUUCUGGAAGUGUGCAAAAAUUCAAGGCGUUAGCUGAAAAGUGGGAACAACGCGCAGAUGUUACAUCACCUCCUCCAACACCACCGGCAAGCGUUGUCGGUGGCAAAAAGGAACCAAAAGCAAACUCAAUUGCAGCAGCCAUAUUGUCCCCAUCCAACACUUGUACAGUUUUCAAAGGGAAGAGCACUUUACCGCCUUCACUUAUGCCAAGGAACUCAUCAUCGGAAAAGAAGAGCCAUUCAUCUAAGUCUUCCAAAGAUACAUCUUACGCAACAACUUCAAUGGACAAAGAAGCUUCGUCGUUUGCAGAUGGAUUGCUGGCUAGAAAAUCAUCCACUUGUAGUACCAUUCUUGCGGAAUCGACGACGAAUGGGUGGACUAAUAGUCAAUUGGAUGAGGUUGGUAAAGCUGAGUUCAGCAAAAGGAGUGACAGUAUGAGUAGCUGUUGUAAUUCCGGUACACUAAUCCAGAAAGAUGAUGACGUUGGCAUGUUGUCGACUGAUCUGUCGGACGAUGUUCCAAAGGCAGAGUUAGUAUUGACGACUUCUGUUGCACCUGUUAGAAAUGAUUCUGUUCAACAUAAUGAACUGCUUUUAAGUUCAAAGACGACAAGUGAACCAACCUUCAAGAACGAGCCGCGCAGUCGCCAAGGGUUUGAUUUGUCGCGAUCAUCAGCUUGGAUAAAGACGUCUCCAGCUCCUGCAAGACCAAGUUUUGGAUCUAAAGCAACUUUCAGCGUGAGCGAUAUACGUCGGAGUUUCGAACAAAAUGAGCCAGAAGUCAAGAAGAAGCCAGCCUUGCCACCAAAGAAGUCAAUGAUCGUAGCAGCUGUCCGCAGCCCUUCGCCGACUUCGCCUCCUGUACCACUUGCUCCGAAGAUCACCCGUCGCCAAUCGGUUCCUGCUCAAAUCGAAACGAAGUUUCUAGAGUCAGAUGAGCAGUGUAGGAAACUUCUUGAAGAGGCCAGGAGUCAACUCGUUUUAGAGGGAGUUGACCAUCGUAUGGAUCUUCUGGUAGUCAUUCUCAAGAGGGAAGCCGAAGGAGGAGGAAGCGUUGGCAUCACUCUUGCUGGAGGAGCUGAUUACGAAGUUAAAGAGAUUACAGUACAUAAAGUCAUAGCAGGCUCAUUAGCAGAUCGCGAUGGACGUGUGCAGAAGGGAGAUCGAGUGAUGUCCAUAAACGGUCGAGACUUGCGAGGAGUGAGCCACGGCGAAGCCCUGCAGAUCCUCAAGUCUCCUAACGCGAAAGUUACCCUGCUGCUGGCGAGGGAGAAAAAAGAGGCUGCUGUUUCAAGUAAUACACUGUUGAGCAGUAAAAACACUGGAUCUAAAAGUCCGCAAGAGAUGACAAAUGGCAAUUCCCAUGCCGAUGUGGUUGAGGUUGAACUUCAGAAAGAUGUAACUGGAUUAGGUUUCAGUAUCGAAGGUGGCAAAGACUCUCCUCACGGUGACAGACCGUUGCUCAUAAAGAGGAUAUUUAAAGGUGGUGCUGCCGAUAAAGAUGGUCAACUGGAGGAAGGGGAUGAAAUUUUAGCCAUAAACUCAUGUCCUGUUGGGAAUAUGACGCGAACGGAAGCUUGGAACUUCCUGAAGAAACUACCCGAGGGUCCAAUCACACUUAAGGCCAAGAAGACCAAUAUGAUAUCUUCGUGUGCUUAGUCUAUUUAUGUUUCUUUUGAAAAUGCUUUGCAAAAGAAAAUUCCUAGUGCGUUUCAUGUGCUGCAGAACUGUCAAGAGUUCGAUGUUGAACAUUUUAGUGAGUGGAAUGUCUUUUUUUUGGAAAUGUUGAACAUUUCUAGCACUGAACGUUGCUGUACAUUCUCCUAGUGAUUGUCUGAGUGCUUCGCUUACAUUUUACAAAAUAUGCUACAUCGAAAUCAUAUUCAUCACACAUAAAGUGAAAUUUUUUCAAAAAAAAAAAAAUGGUGCAAGAAAACACAUUUGGAAAAGUCUUUUGUUUUGGGUGCAAGAAAUACUUUAUUGCGAUCAUAUAUUUUAAAAUAUUGUACGUUGUAAAUUUUAAGCUCAAUGUAGCAACUGCAACAGAAAAAAAAUGACAAAAGACCGAUCGAAUCUACGUGACACGAAAUUUUAAACUACGAAUUUGUAUGUUAGAAAAGUAUGUGAUUUUAAAGAUGAUUGUCUGAAAGUAAGAGUCUAGAAGGUAAUAUUGAAUUAUUUAAUUUUCAAUAAUCAAACCAACGCACGUGAAAAAAGAAGAAAUUUUCUCAUUAAUGAUAAGAAUAUGAAAAUAUCUUGCUGUUUACUUAGAUGGAUUGGAUUAAUGUGUAAUGUAUGAUUCCUUACUGAGAGAAAUUCUGAAAACAGUCUGCAGAAUGAUUUUAUAUUGUGAAACAUUUCUAUGCAUUUUAUUAGAAACAAUGUCAAUUACUUUUGUAAGUAACAUUUGUGCCAAUUAUUGUUAUUUCCAGCUGUAUAAUAGACACUUUUGUAGGUGCAAAUGAUACUUUCUAAAAAUCAAAAGCAAGGACUUCGGUCAUUUGUCGCCACUUAGCAAUUAAUUCUUUAUUUCAAACUUUGUGAUUUUGCUGGUUGAGUGAUUCUGAGCAGCUUGAAUGUGUUUUUGUAUUUUUUCUUUUUUUUUUCUUUUUCUUUUUUUUUUAUAAAUCUUUUUUUUUUUUUUUUGGUGGUUUUUGAAAAUUUCUACGCCAGGUUGUGAUUGAAAAGAAUACUAGUUGCUGGAAUUCGAUAAGUUUUGGAAAAAUGUAUAAUGAAUUUAAACAUAGUUUAGUGAAGGAUUUUUAAAUCUUAAAAAUUAUAACAGCAGUUCAACAAAUCCAGGAAUUAUACACGUUUUAUUAAGGGUGAAGCAGUGAUCAAAUGUGGUACUUAGUGGUCAAUUUUACAAUACAACAGAACACUUUUCUAAAGACGAUUUUAAUGAAAAAAAAAUUUCAAAUGUGAUACUAAAGUUUUUUGCUCCAGCAUCAUUGUGUAUAAAAUAUAAAUGUGUCUUUUAAGAUGUUUUAUGCAUGUAAAAAUGAAAAUUUGUAAAAUAUUAAUAUUUUAUAUACCUGACAUACAUACAUACAUUUAUUUAUACAUAGCAAUUUAUGAAUUUUAUAGAGUACAUACAAUGUGUGUUUGACACCCAGAAUGUUUUCAAAAUGUGGGAAAUUUUCGGUUUCUAAUUAGUGUUUUGAUGGCAGAAAUUUUCAUUUCUUUCUUUUUUUUUCUUAUGCAUUUUAAAAGAAACAGAGCACUUGCAAUAAUUUUAUUAGUUUGUGUUCAUCUUUGAUUUUUUACAAUGACAUAAUAUAGUAAAAUAAAAAUGUAUAACGAUGAAAUCUCCCCUUACAGUUUUUGAAACUUAAAUCCUGAAAUAUAUUUUUAGCGUAUUAUAAAAAUAUUGAACUUGCCAAACUUUGAAACAUAUAACUUGUGUGACUUUGAAACACAUAAAAAUAUUUGUGAUUAUAUAAAAUACUUUUUGAAUUAUCCUUUUCUAAACUAGUAGUGUUUAACGAGGGCACUGUGUGCAAUUUCAUGUAUUUCAAAUCCAGUUACAUUGCAAUUUGUUUCAAAUUUUACAUAAAAAUGAGAGCUUAUACAUCUUUUCUUCUUCUAAAACAUUUAAGUCUAAGCUAAGGCUACGCAAAUCACCACAAUCCUAAUAUUUUUAAAGUGAUAAAAUAACUUUAAAAAUGCUAUUAGAUGGAAGUUAAAAAUCAGCGAACUUUUGAAAAAAAAUUCUUUUGAGUUUCCAUUCCCACUAGUUAUUCCACUGCUUCAAAAUGUAUCAAUUUUAUUUCAUGAUUUUACUAACGGUAUGUGUUGUGUUUAUAGUGAAAUUUCUUUAGGUAAAUUUAAUUCUAUUACUGUAAUCUAACCAACGUGUUUAAUUCUAGUUUACCUUGAUAUUCAAAACUUUAUACUACACGGAACACUAUGGCAAAUUAGGGAAAAAAAGGCACUGAACCAGAGCUUUGAAAGUGAUUUAGAGAAAGAAUCAUUUAAUAUUCUUCACUAAUAUUUAACAAAGACGUUAAUGAACAAUGAUAGUAAUUUAUAUCAGCAUUUAAUGUAAUUAAGAAGAUCUUGUAAACUAUACCGUAUUACUUACAAUAAGUAAAGUUGUUUUUAUUUUUGAUCACAGAUGGUGUAAUUAAGUCAUUCAAUUAAACACUAUUAUCAUCAAUUGAAAUAGCUUUGAAUUAGAAUCGAUUUUGAUUGAAUUAUUGGAAUUUCUUUUGUUCUGAAGUUCAGAAAAAAAAGAGCCAGCGUGUGACAAACGCAAUAAAUUAUACAACCAAAUUAAACUUUAAAUUCUGUGUAAUUGUAAAAAAUGCUAAUGAAUAACAUCAUAAUGAGGAUGAGAUUACUUUAUAAAAAUUACUUGCUGUUCACAUUAAUUAUUUCAAAUUUGAUUUGAAGUUGUGCAAUGAUAGGUCCUAUAAAAUAGGACCAAAAUUCUUAUUCAUUUAUGCAUGGAUUGCUCUGUUUCUUUGGGGAAAGGAGAGGUUUUUCUGUGAUACUUCAGUCAAAAAAAGUAAUACUCCAACUGUUGUGUCUUCCGCAACUGAUUUUUGUGAAGUUGCUUUUUUAAAUGAUACCUUGCUUCUAGCAAUUUUCUACGUUGUGAGAAGGCAGCUCUUUAUUAUUUUUUCUUCUGUUAUUUCUGUGACAGUUGCAUUAUAAAUAAGUAUAUAAAUAUAUAUAUAUAUUGUGGAAUUAAUUUGUAUUCAUACUUAAAUAAAAUAUUUUUUUGCAA